ACUCUGACAACAAACAGAAAAAAAGUGUUUUAUUUACAAAGAAUAAUUACACACACUUGUCACAAGAAUUCUUCUCGCUGCAUUUCAUCAUUUAGAAUAUAAUCUGAUUGUAACAAAAUUUAAAUAAAAUAAUUAAUAAAUUUAGAAAAAACAUUAUUAAAACAAUACGAAAUAAUAGCAAACAAACAAAAUCCAAUGAUAAAUAAUUGAUUGUAAAGAAAACAAAAAAUUACGUGACGUUUUGCAAGUUGAUUGGUGUUUUCAAGAAAUCUUAUUCAUAGCGUUGUUUUUGUUGUAAAACAAAUAAUUUAGUUUUUUUCAUUCUUAUCAGUUUAUUAUUAUUGGGAGGAGUGAAGAAAAUUCUCAUGCGGGGUGUGCUGUAAAAGAAAAAUUAAUUUUGACGUGUCGUUUAUUUGUUUAAAUUGCUAAAAAUAAGAAAAAUAUCAACACAAUGUGUGGUUCUAAUCCGCCCGUAACAAAAGGCACCCGUGCCCUGAUUCUAGUGGGAGGCUAUGGCACCCGUUUAAGGCCCUUAACAUUGAGUACACCCAAACCUUUGGUGGAGUUCGCCAACAAACCUAUUCUAUUGCAUCAGCUGGAAGCUUUGGUGGCUGCUGGCUGUACACAGGUAAUUUUGGCUGUCUCCUAUCGCGCCGAACAAAUGGAAAAAGAACUUAAAAUCGAGGCUGAAAAACUGGGCGUUGAAUUGGUAUUUUCCCAUGAAACAGAACCUUUGGGCACUGCUGGCCCUUUGGCCUUAGCCAAACACAUACUAAAUGCCAGCUCAGAACCUUUCUAUGUACUCAACUCAGAUGUUAUCUGUGAUUUUCCCUUCAAACAGUUGGAACAGUAUCAUCGUAAUCAUGGCAAAGAGGGCACCAUAGUGGUGACCAAAGUAGAGGAACCCUCUAAAUAUGGUGUUGUUUUAUAUGAUGACCAAGGCUGCAUUAAGAGUUUCAUAGAGAAACCUCAAGAGUUUGUUAGUAAUAAAAUCAAUGCUGGCAUUUAUAUAUUCAAUCCCUCGGUAUUGGAUCGCAUUGAAGUGAAACCUACUUCCAUUGAAAAGGAAAUUUUCCCCGUUAUGGCCGAAGAGCAGCAAUUGUUUGCCAUGGAGUUGCCCGGUUUCUGGAUGGAUAUUGGACAACCAAAAGAUUUUCUAACAGGCAUGUGUCUCUAUCUUUCGUCUUUGCGACAAAAACAAUCAACGAAUCUUUACACCGGUCCUGGGGUUGUUGGCAACGUUCUAGUUGAUCCCAGUGCUAAAAUUGGUCAAGGUUGUCGCAUUGGUCCCAAUGUCACAAUCGGUCCAGAUGUUGUCAUUGAAGAUGGUGUUUGUAUAAAACGUUCAACGAUAUUAAAAGGUGCCAUUGUUAAGUCACAUUCUUGGUUAGAUUCCUGUAUUGUGGGUUGGCGUUCGAUUGUAGGACGUUGGGUGCGUUUAGAGGGUACCACGGUAUUGGGUGAAGAUGUUAUUGUCAAAGAUGAAAUCUAUAUAAAUGGUGGUCAGGUAUUGCCACAUAAAAAUAUUGCUGCCAGUGUACCAGAACCUCAAAUUAUUAUGUAAAUUUGUAAAAUACCUUAACAUAACUAACAAACAACAACAAUAUGAAAACCAGCAGCAAGACUUUUUGCCGAGGGAAAUAUUUUUAUUUAUAUAACGUAAACAAACUAAAUUGUUUGUAACUAAAUUAUAUUUUUUUUAUUAUAAAAUUAAAAAACAUCUUUACUUGCUUACAAGUAAGGAUUGUCUUCAUUAUCAUUGUUAAAUUAUCUGCAAUAUUUAUAACUUCACUUAAUAUUGGCUUUAAAUCCCUCCCCCCUCUAUCUUUAAUUUUAUUUUCGUUUUUAAGUUAAAUUUUUGUAAAUCUUUCUAUUAAUUUAUUUUAUAAAACAAACUCUAUUUGUGUUUAUCUUUAAAGAAAAAUCUUUAACAUUUCCAUAUAGCUUUGCUAGCUUUAAUAUCAGUUCUUUAUAAUAUUUUAUUUGCCUUAAAUGAUUUUUAUUUUCUAAGACCUUUAAAUGAUUUUGAUUUAUGAAAAUCUUUUAAGUGCCCAGCAUUUUUCUGUUUGAUUUUUUUUUGUAAGAAUAUUUUUCUAUUGGAAGAAUAUAUAUUUAAUUAUAAAUACUUUUUAUAUAAGACGUAAAAAUAAAGCUGAACUU